CUCUCCUUUUUUUUUUUUUUUUUUUUUAUAUAACCUUUAAAUUAAUUUAGGAUCCAGAUAAGCCUUGAUCUGAGGAUGAUAUAACCACAGCAAGCAACAUGGGAACCUCUAGAAAAAUCAGAAAGACUUCACAAAACAUGGUGUGAUGUCUACUGGUGGAGACAGGCCACGAGGUCCAGAGAAGAAGGGGUGGCCUGAUCCAGGGACAAUGAAGAUGGAAUGCUGAAGAGUAAGGUGGAGGAAAGAAGCAACAGGCACCAUGGAAAAGACCAAAACAAAGCAAGGAGAGAAUGAACAUAUACCAAUGAAUAAUCCUUCCACACAGAUUUACCAGGCUUCGAAGUACAAGUCUUCCCUGAACCUGCCUCCAGUGGGAGCCCGUCUCCAGCGGCAGGAUGGAGGGAUCAUAACCUCUCUAGAGCAGCUUCAUGAAAAAAUCAACGAGAUGAGGAACGUGUUCAACUCGCUGGAGAACAAGUUGCAGGCCUUGGCCUCUGAACUGAAAACUGGUUUCACAGAAGCAAUGCAAGAACUGUCCAGAAUUCAACAUGGCGAGUAUGCUUUGGAAGAGAAGGUUAAGAGUUGCCGAUGUUCCAUGGAAGAAAAAGUUACUGAGAUGAAGAAUUCGUUAAACUAUUUCAAGGAAGAGCUGAGCAAUGCCAUGUCAAUGAUUCAGGCCAUCACUUCCAAACAGGAAGAAAUGCAACAGAAAAUUGAACAGCUUCAGCAGGAAAAGCGAAGAGAAUCUCGGAAAGUUAAAGCCAAGAAAACUCAAAAAGAAGAACAUGGCUCACAGGCAGGGCCUGCUCAAGCACAAGGAAGUCCUUUCCGUUCAAUCAAUAUCCCUGAACCUGUUCUUCCAAGUGAAGACUUUACAAACCUUUUGCCUUCUCAGGCCUAUGAAAAAGCUCAAGAGUCCCGAUCCAUGCAUGUAGGAGACAGUAAUGUGAAGGGGAUGAUGGGUCCUGGAAUGAACCCAACAACUCCUGAAGCGGAAGAAAACCUUAAGCCUUGCCUUUCGGCUGAUAUCCAGCCCAAGGGCCAUCUCUCAUCUGGUGUGUGGAGGCAGCCCAAGGAUGGUAAAGAAUGGGGAGAGGAAUAUGUCACGAAAGACCACCCAGAUAAACUCAAGGAUGCUGGCCAGCCCAGGCACAGUUCUCUGGAAAAUGUUUUAUGCGAAACCUCUUUAGCUGCUAAAAGACAGACCGUGGCUCUAGAACUGCUUGAAUCAGAAAGAAAAUACGUCAUCAACAUCUCUCUGAUCCUGAAGAUCAAGGCAACGUUCCAAGGGUCAGAUGGAAAGAGGAAUUCCAAAGAGAGAAGCCUCUUCCCUGGUUCUUUACGGUACCUUGUCCAGCAGCACCUCGAUUUGCUCCAUGCUCUGCAGGAAAGGGUCCUGAAGUGGCCACGCCAAGGAGUUCUUGGAGAUUUAUUCCUUAAAUUAACAAAUGAUGAGAAUAAUUUCUUGGAUUAUUAUGUUGCCUACCUGAGGGACCUACCUGAAUGCAUCUCUUUGGUUCAUGUUGUUGUUCUGAAGGAGGGUGAUGAAGAGAUUAAAUCUGACAUCUACACACUGUUUUUUCACAUAGUCCAGCGCAUCCCUGAAUAUCUGAUACAUCUGCAGAACGUCCUGAAGUUCACAGAGCAGGAACACCCUGACUAUUACCUACUUCUGGUGUGUGUUCAGCGCCUUCGAGUAUUUAUCUCGCAUUACACCCUGCUGUUUCAAUGCAAUGAGGAUUUGCUUAUUCAGAAACGGAAAAAGCUCAAGAAGUCAUCCAUGGCGAAGCUGUACAAAGGCCUGGCUUCCCAAUGUGCAAACACUGGACAAGAUGCUUCCCCCACUGCAGGCCCUGAGGCUGUCCGCGACAGCGGGAUCCACUCAGAAGAGAUGCUGCAACCCUACCCUUCUGCUCCCAGCUCUGGCCCUGCUGUCACACAUUUGAUGCCCCCAGUGAAGAAAAGCCAACAACAGCAAAGCUUGAUGGAGAGCAUGCAGCCCGGGAAGCCCAGCGAGUGGGAGAUGGAGGGCAGAAAGCACGAGAGGCCCGAGAGCCUCCUGGCGCCAGCGCAGUUCUGUGCAGCCGAGCAGGACGUGAAGGCGCUGGCCGGGCCCCUGCAGGCCAUCCCCGAGAUGGACUUCGAGCCCUCGCCCGCCGAGCCGCUGGGCAACGUGGAGCGCUCCCUGCGCGCCCCGGCCGAGCUCCUGCCCGACGCCCGCGGCUUCGUGCCCGCGGGCUACGAGGAGUUUGAGUACGGCGGCGAGAUCUUCGCGCUGCCCGCGCCCUACGACGAGGAGCCGUUCCAGGCCCCGGCCCUCUUCGAGAACUGCUCGCCCGCCUCUUCCGAGUCCAGCCUGGACAUCUGCUUCCUCCGGCCCGUCAGCUUCGCCAUGGAGGCCGAGCGGCCCGAGCACCCGCUGCAGCCGCUGCCCAAGAGCGCCACGUCGCCUGCGGGCAGCAGCGGCGCCUACAAGCUGGAGGCGGCGGCGCAGGCGCACGGCAAGGCCAAGCCGCUGAGCCGCUCGCUCAAGGAGUUCCCGCGCGCGCCGCCCGCCGAGGGCGUGGCCCCGCGCCUCUACAGCACGCGCAGCAGCAGCGGCGGCCGCGCGCCGCUCAAGGCCGAGCGCGCUGCGCAGCCGCACGGCCAGGCCGCCGCCGCCGCAGCGGCGGCCGCAGCCCGCGGCGCGCCCAGGACCUUCUUCCCCCAACAGAGGUCCCAAAGCGAAAAGCAGACCUAUUUGGAAGUAAGGAGGGAGAUGCAUUUAGAAGAUACCACCAGAUUCUGUCCAAAAGAAGAAAGAGAGAGCGAACAGACCUCUUUCAGCGAUCAAAACCCCAGGCAAGACCAGAAAGGGGGCUUUCGCAGCUCCUUCCGCAAGCUCUUUAAAAAGAAAAAUGGGAACGCAACUGGUGAAGAUUUCUGUGGUCCUUGGGGCUGGUGGUGACAUCAAAGCUUUCCCAUUUCCAGGUAAACACUAAACAGUUGCAUGUUGGAACCAUCAAAGUGUGACAUAUUGGGUUUUGGAGAGAUCAGAUGUAGCUAAGAGGGGAAAUGAGAGGUAAAGAUUUUAAGUUCUGACUAAUGGCUUUCUGAUCAGAAACUGCCAUGUGGGGGAACAUUCAGAAGAAACACCAGCCAGAUUCAAAUCUUGCUUCCUACUUCCCACCCCCCAUAACUAUAAGCAUUCCUAGCCUUCUGUAUAAAAGAAGAUAUGGGGAAGGAAUAAAAUGGUCAAAAAUAUAUCUCCCUAACAUUUUGGGUACAACUGUACUAAUCAGGGAUGAUUUGAACUGGAAGUAGCUGGGAGUUCUGAGUUGAGAGAAGGUGUAGAGUUUGGGGGGGGGCACGUGAAGGCUGUUUCAAGGGGGCUUCUCAAAAGGAAAAGGACUUUCACCCCAGCCAGAUAUAAUCUUACCUGAUGAGUACCCAGAUGCACUGGUGUGGUGAGAAAGAAUAGUUUUUCCUCCAUGCCCUGGGAUGUAGUGGGAUGGUGCUUCUUCCUGACUGGAAGUAGAAAACAUGGUGGGCAGCUCUGGCUUCAUCUGUGAGGCCAAGUAUCAGGGUGAAGAGUAAAAAACUCCAGUCAGUCAUCAGAUUUCUAGACAUCAGGAUUUUAGUCUUUGUGUGGAUCCAGCUGCUUUCCUUGAAUAAUGUAAAGGGAUGUUUGAAUUCUGCCCAAUUAAUUCAGUAACUGAUAAGAGUCAUAGUUAACUUAUCUAACAACAACAGUGAGGACUUGUAGCAUACCAAUGAUAGUGAAAGAGCUUACCUUUCUUUUGUGGAUGGUGGAAGCAUGCCUGAUUCUGCCUCAGCAUAUGGAGAACUUGUUCAGUUGUAUAGGAGCUUUGGACAAAGAAUUUCAUGUCUAACAUCAUUUCCAUACAUCCUGCAUGAGGUCUUUUGAUACUGGUUCUCAGUCAGUGGGCUAGUUUUACCCAUUCUAGCUCUGAGUUUAAGCUAGCCAAAGGGCCCAGCCUAGCCUUUCAAAGGUUAUUUCCAGAAAGCCUCCU